CGGCUUUCCGACAACCCAAACUGGCAACCUGCAUGUUGUUCAGGGGGAGGCGCUAGUCCGCAGUAGUUUCUGGAAGGAACCUCAUGCUUGCACCAUGGAGAAAGUUUCAGCACUGAAAGACCAGGGCAACAAGGCGCUGAGUGCAGGGAACAUUGAUGAGGCUGUACGUUGCUACACCGAAGCAUUGGCCCUUGACCCUUCAAACCAUGUCCUGUUCAGUAACCGCUCAGCUGCCUACGCCAAGAAAGGCAACUAUGAGAAUGCUCUCCAGGAUGCCUGUCAGACCAUCAAGAUAAAGCCUGACUGGGGCAAGGGCUACUCCCGCAAAGCUGCAGCAUUGGAAUUUCUUGGCCGAUUGGAGGAUGCCAAAGGAACCUACCAAGAGGGACUCCGGCGAGAGCCAAGUAAUCAGCAGCUAAAGGAGGGUUUACAGAACAUCGAGGCUCGGCUUGCAGAAAAAACAAUGAUGAACCCCUUCGCCAUGCCCAACUUGUAUCAGAAGCUGGAGAGUGACCCUCGGACCCGUGAGCUACUGUCAGAUCCCAGCUACAGAGAACUGCUGGAGCAGCUCAGGAACAAGCCAUCAGAGCUUGGCACGAAGCUGCAGGACCCCAGAGUGAUGACCACCCUCUCUGUGCUGCUGGGACUGAACCUCUCUGAGAUGGAAGAAGACGAGGAGCCCACUCCACCUCCUCCCCCCAAACCCAAAGAGACUCAGCCACCACCUCCCAAAGAGGAAGACCUUCCAGAGAACAAGAGAAAGGCCUUGAAGGAAAAGGAACUCGGGAAUGCUGCGUACAAAAAUAAGGACUUUGACACAGCGCUGAAACAUUAUAACGAAGCAAUCAAACACGACCCUACCAACAUGACCUAUUUAUCUAAUCAAGCAGCUGUGUACUUCGAGAAGGGAGAUUAUGACAAGUGCCGAGAGCUCUGUGAGAAGGCCAUUGAUGUUGGCAGAGAGAACCGGGAAGACUACAGACAAAUUGCUAAGGCCUUGGCUAGGAUCGGGAACUCAUACUUCAAGCAGGAUAAAUACAAAGAAGCAGUUCAGUAUUUCAAUAAGAGCUUGACAGAGCAUCGUACUCCUGAUGUCUUGAAGAAGUGUCAACAGGCAGAGAAAAUAUUGAAGGAGCAGGAGAAGCUAGCCUACAUCAACCCUGACUUAGCCCUGGAAGAGAAGAACAAGGGCAACGACGCCUUCCAGAAAGGAGACUACCCCUUAGCCAUGAAACACUACUCUGAGGCCAUCAAGAGAAACCCCAAUGAUGCCAAACUCUUCAGUAACAGAGCUGCCUGCUACACAAAGCUGUUGGAGUUUCAGCUCGCUCUGAAGGAUUGUGAAGAGUGCAUCACACUCGAGCCCUCCUUCAUAAAAGGCUACACACGUAAAGGAGCUGCCUUGGAGGCCAUGAAAGACUAUUCAAAAGCUAUGGAUGCAUAUCAGAAGGCUCUGGAGCUCGACUCUUCCUCAAAGGAAGCCACAGAGGGCAUGCAGCGCUGUAUGAUCAGUCAGACCAUGAGGAACGACAGUCCAGAGGAAGUGAAGAAAAGGGCCAUGGCUGAUCCCGAGGUGCAGCAGAUAAUGAGUGACCCAGCCAUGCGCAUGAUCCUCGAGCAAAUGCAGAAGGACCCUCAGGCGCUCAGCGACCACUUAAAGAAUCCAGUCAUCGCUCAGAAGAUUCAGAAACUCAUCGAUGUCGGACUGAUAGCCAUUCGUUGACGAGAACCAAGAGACUCCGAGACAUCAGUGGAACAAUGUGCAAAUCCCUCCAAAAUAUUACAUCCUCCUUUCUUGCCUUCAAAAUUCAAAAUUACAUUGUUCUUAGUCUCCCUGAGACUUUGUGUGUGUUACAUUUUUUUAAAAUCAGUUUCACAACUUUUACAUUGUAUUUAAGAAAGCAUCUCGUAUGUCAUCUGAAGAACUUAAAGACACUCGAAAACAUCUAGAGAAAAAUAAAUGGAUUCAUGUGUACAGAUGCUCACAUACAUCUAAAAAAUAAACAGCACAGUUAAGUGAACCAUCGUGCAGUGUUUAAAGGGGAAAUCCACCCUGAAGUGAUCACAUAUUCCUAUUGGUUCAUGGUUUAAGAAUUUCUACACUCAAAAUAAAGAUUGUAAGGUAGAUCACAAAUUGAAACUGUCAACAUUGGUCAUUGUUCUUAACUCUUCUCUUCCUCUUUUAGGCUUUACUUAACAUGGUGCUUUAAAGCUGGAGUUUGUUUUCCUCUCUUUUGGUCGUCUACCACACCUCAGGUGGAAAGCUGAAUAUCCUUUCUGCUGUUUUUGAGCCUUGAUGGAUGCUCUUAUUUAUGUACUAUACAGCUGAACUCAGGAAAGUGUCGAGGGUUUCCUUGAUUCUGGUGUCGAGGGGACGGAUCCAGACUAAUUGUAACUGGGACUGGAAGAAUACUACUUGAUGCUGUUGAGAGUGUAGGGAUAUUUUGCCAUGAUUAGUGAUUUAAGAUGGAAAAUUAAUCAGUUAUUAAACAAGUUCAUACAGCAAAUAAGGCAGCAGUGUUUUUGUGUAUUAUGUUAGUCAAAAAUUAAAAGUUUGGAGGCAGGGUUGCACUUCUAUGUGAAAAUAUGCAGUUGACAGUCCUCCCACAGUGUCAUGAUUUGGCGCUCGAGAGUAAACUUGGAAGAUGUGCCGAUAGUCUAAGUAGAUACUUUUGAAUGGCCUCGAAUAUUCAUUUUCCAAGCCUGAAAAUGUGGCUUGAAUAUCUCAAGAUGAUGGGAAUAAAGUGAUAGUAAAAGGGUGGAUUUACCUUUCUAAACUAACUAUUGGUUGAGUAACGGGGGUCACAACUAUCACACUUCAUAAUGCAUCUUUAAUGUUUGUCGUCUUGUCUUAAGAGUACCGAAGCCUGUGUGCCUCUGUGCUAUGGUUUCCAAGAGGGACUCACAUAUGAUUUAAAAAAAAAAAAAAAAUUAACUGGCACCUUUUUGUUUUCACGUUACCACAGCUGGAUUUCUCUGUAACUCAACACAGCAGAUAUGGACAUAUGGACAUUUUUCAGAGUCCCGUUGUAAUCAUAAGCCUCCACGUAACAAACGUGGAGUUCACACAAUGUGAAAGAAACUGUCCCAAGAAGUGUAAUGUACCAAUGGAAAUCAGUUGUACAGUCAAAUAUACAGUAUCUGAAUGUAUUUUAAAGACCAACAUUGUUGACAGUUACCCAAUGCAGUAGUAGACCAAUCAUAAGGUCGUAGUGUGGUUUUAAAAACAGAGGACACACCAAUAAAAAGUACAAUGAGA